AUGAAGAUCCGUUUGCCCAAGUUCUCGCUGCUGAGGAUGUUCGUGUGCGUCAUCAUCGUACCCACGGGCAUGGUUCUCAUCACCAUCGCUACCAUGCAUCACGACCCGCGCGAGUACAAGGUGACCCACGAGGUGUUCCUGGAGCUGGAGGCGGACGGGAAGCCGCUGGGCACGGUGGUCGUCGGCCUCUUCGGUGACGCGGUGCCGCGGACCGUCAAGAACUUCAUCACCUUUGCCAGCAAGGGCUACGCCGGCUUCAAGUACGAGGGCACGCCCAUCCACAGGAUCAUCAAGAAGUUCAUGAUACAAGGAGGCGACGUGGCCACGGGCGACGGCAAAGGCUCCAUCAGCAUCUACGGCGAGAACUUCCCGGACGAAAAUUUCGAAAUCAACCAUUCGGGGCCAGGCUUCGUCAGCAUGGCCAACAGAGGGAAGGACACCAACGGAUGCCAGUUCUUCAUCACGACCGUCGCGACGCCCUGGCUCAACGGGCACCACGUCGUCUUCGGAAAGGUGGUCGAGGGGCAGCCGAUCGUCCACCAGAUCGAGUACAUGGCCACCGACUGGAACGACCGGCCGCUCAAGGACGUCCGGAUCGCCAAGUCGGGUCGUCGCUCCGUCAAGACGCCCUACUACAUCAGCGACGACCCCUACAACCUGAAGGACUGGCUGAAGACGAUCAGCGUGCCCCUCGGCCUCUCCUUCUGCAUCAUCUACGUGUUCAACUACUUCAUCAAGAUGCUGGACAGGAGCAUCAUCCCGGACGACGGGUCUAUGGAGAUCGAAGACACGGAGGAAGGAGAGCCAAAGGAAGGCGAGGAAGAGAAGGAGGAGGAAGGGACGAAGAAGGAGAAUCUGCACAGCACAGCAACUGUACCCCAAAAGGCAUCUAGAUGUGACUCCAAGGCACUUGAUAGCGUUCAGGUUUCGCUUCCAUAA